AUGAGAGCAUCUAGGAUCCGCAAAGACCUCCCAGCCCAAUACAACUCCAUUCAACUAUAUGCAGAUCUCUCUGCCCAAACCCUGAAAAAAAGGAAGGAGUAUAAGGAAAUAACGGAUGCCCUCCGCUCCCAUGAGGUGCCCUAUCGCUGGGGCCACCCAGUGCGUCUCCUCAUCCACAAAAAUGGAGCUAUGCACGUUAUCACCUCUCUGGCGGACGGACGAAAAGCACUGCAGAAAUGGGGCAUACAACCCCAAAACCAGGCAGGCAGCAACAACGACCCACAACCAAGUAAGCUUACAGCCGACUGGAAAAGAAUACGCAACUAAGGCCCUGCGACCCUGACGGAGGAGUACACGUUUAAACCUCGAUAGGCAGCGAAAAUGGCGUGAGAUGCCAUAAGCAACUCCCAACACCCACGAACGAAAGAAUGCGGGACUGUUACAGGAACACGAGAAAGGACUAUAGAUCACAAGCAGGUGACUAUGACAUUAUAACUCCCCACGCUGCCCUUGCAACACUGGCAGCGCCUCACACACCAACAAAACACACUUAUUAG